CAAAUUAAAAAAGCAAUUCCACAAAGGAAAAGAAAGGAAAAUAAUUGGUGGUUUUUGGUCAGCAAAACAAAACAAUUUUGGUUUCGUGAGAGAUUUCUUCACACUCACAAAAAACUAAAAAAAAUAAAAAAAAGACUGCGGCUAAAACAAAGGUGAAAUUUUUACUCUCUUCCAUGGCGUAAGAUGAUUCACUUUGUCAAAGCUUUGUCUUUUAUAUCCGAUCAAAAGGUUUCGGGUUUUGCUUUGGAUCUCCGAGGAUUUAAGGAAUCUCGAUUUAAGCUGGGUUUAGAUUAGUUUAGGGGUUUGAUUUCUGAGAUAGUUUUGAUUUCGAUUCUUAAAGUGUCAAAAGUUUGUUCCUUUUAGUUGAUAUUUUGGGGGAUGGUGUGAGUUUAGAGGUGUAUGGUAGUUUCAUAGUUUCUUCUUCGGUUAUGUGGAUGGCCACACGAUCUAAUUCUGGGUUCCGUCACGAGGAGUCUUUGAGUUCCAUGAUGAGCCGUCACGCCAUAAAUUUCCAGUCGAAUACUUCCUCAGAGAUGAUUCAGAUGGGUCCUUACUUUGGUCGAAGUGGUGCCUUGUUGGGGAUGAAUAUGAUCAAUAAUGUCGCUAGUUCUGGGUUAAUUCAAACUGGGAAUUGUUCGAAUGAUUCGGUUUCUGGGCUCAAGCUAGAUACUUCCUUGGCUAGUGAAUGGUCAACUGAAGAACAAUUCAAAUUGGAGGAUGGCCUUGAGAAAUAUAAGGAUAAGCCAAGUAUCAUGAAGUAUAUUAAAAUUGCAGCAACUUUACCUGAUAAAACCGUUCGAGAUGUUGCUUUGCGGUGUAGAUGGAUGACGAGGAAGAGAAGAAAAGCAGAGGAAUUAUACUGUGGGAAAAGAACAAGUUCUAGCAAGGACAAGCAGGCGGAACUGUCUUCGAGCAUACCUUCUGUUUUGCCUGAUAACAUGGCUUCGUAUCCUUUCUUGAUGCCCUUUACGAGCUCCAGUAAACAUAUUACAUGUGAAGAUUUAAGUGGACAUGCAAUAAGUCUCUUAGAACAGAAUGUAAGAGCUUUUAGUCAAAUUAGAGCUAAUCUCUCCUCAUAUAAGGUACAGGAUAACAUAGAUCUCUUUUGUCAGACAAGGAACAACCUUAUCACCAUCCAAACUGACAUGAAUAAUAUGCCUGGCUUAAUGAGCCAGAUGCCACCAUUGCCUAUUGCAAUCAAUGAUGAUCUCUCGGCUACUAUAUUGAGUAAUUCAACUUUGGCGAUGCCAUUCAACACAAUGCAAAGUGGCAGCUUCCACAUGAAGCAGGAGCCUUUGGGAUGACUUAGGAAACCAUCUGGUUUCCGUUAAUUACCUGUAAAUUGUCUUAAAGAAGCUGGAGGAAGAAAAAAGAGCACACUACAUCUCUUUUUCUUCAUCCACCGCGUCUCAUCACACGUUGCGAAGUUUGUAGAAAAUGUGAUUCUUUCGUAACACCAAAGAUCUUUAUGGCCACGCCGGAUGUUGAAAACAGGGCAUAAUAUUAAGAAACGAAUAGUCUUGCUCCUGGCUCCAAACUCAAAACCCUCUUGACAAGGUCUAUAGAUUGAUCAACUUAGUUGUGAAUGUUCUUGGAGAAUGCUAAGCGAUGUGUAUAAAAUGAUUUUCUAUGGGAGAUAUAGAAGAGCGUGUUGAGAUUUGUAUCUGUAAUCUUUUGAUCUUUUGGUGUGUUUUGUUUUUGUACCCAUUUCUUCUUAAUAUAUUAGGAUCGAAGUCAUGUUAUAAAGAUCAAUGUUAUCUUCUAAUGUUAUUUAA